GGCUGGCGAGGGGAGCGGCGUGUGCGCGCGCCAGAAGACCUGUUCUGUAGGUGUGCUUUUAUGAGUGAGAACGAAUGAGUGGGCACUCCAUGGCCUCCUGUGUUUGCACAAGAAUGCUGCAAAUGAACCUUGGAUACCUUCAUCACUGUGUGUGUCUGGCUUCAUGUGGCCACUGUGGGAUUGAAUCCAGGUUAUCAGGCUUUGCAAGCAAGCAUCUUUUACCACCGAGCCAUCUCUCCAGCCUGUGCUUUCUUUUUCUUGGUGGGAGCAUCUUCUGUACGGUGGCAACAGCCAUCUUCCUGCCUUGAGCUUGCAGGGCCGCGUUCAUCUUAGGUUUCUUGAAAAAUGUGUGCUGUCUCAGAACCCUAUGCUUCUCAGUCACCACCUAAAGGAUCAUUCCUCUCCUUUUCCCUUCAGCAACCAUGAAGUUGAAGGAGACAAAAGCAAGGCCAAAGCCUCCAGGCCAUGGCAGAUUUCAGACGAAGGGCAUCAAAGUUGUGGGAAAAUGGAAGCAGGUGAAGAUUGAUCCAAAUGUAUUUGCAGAUGGACAGAUGGAUGACUUAGUGUGCUUUGAGGAACUGACAGAUUACCGGUUGGUGUCUCCUGCCAAGAAUCCCUCUCGUCUCUUCUCCAAAGAGCCCAAGAAGAGAAAGGUACAAGCUGUUUCAGAAGAGGAGGGGGGAGAGUCUAGCUCCCCAAAGAAAAGGAUCAAAUUGAAGAAGCUUAAAGAGAAGGAGCUGGUUGCUGAAGGAACUACUACCCAGAAUGAGUUUGAAGUCCAGGAUGUUGAGCCAGAACCCCAGGGAGAUGGAACCGUUAGUUCGAAUCAGAAGGAAGGGGAAGGGGAAGUGGCAUCGGCAAGCCUGGUGCGGACUGUUUCAAAAAAGAAGAAAAACAAAGGCAAAAAAAAAUUAGACCCUCCCCAGAGCACUGCCCCUCAGGUGGCCAAAAAAGCAAAGACAUGGAUGCCCGAAGUACACGACCAGAAGGCGGAUGUGUUGGCGUGGAAGGACCUGUUUGUGCCCAAGCCCGUCCUCCGGGCGCUCAGCUUCCUAGGCUUCUCGGCACCCACGCCAAUCCAGGCUCUGACCUUGGCCCCUGCCAUCCGUGACAAACUGGACAUCCUUGGCGCUGCUGAGACAGGGAGUGGGAAGACACUCGCCUUUGCCAUCCCGAUGAUCCAUGCGGUGUUGCAGUGGCAUAAGAAGAAAGUUUUCCUCGUCCCAAGUUACACUGGAGCGCCAGCAGGGGAGACGAGCCCAGAGGCUGGAGCAGAGCCUGGAUCACCGUGCAAGGGCAGAGCUGAGUUUGGAAUGCUGCCUGCUGGAACUGGAAUUGAGAGUGAAGCCCUGAUCAGUGAGGCAGAAGCCACGGCCGGUGCCUCUAUCUCAGACCAGGGACUGCUCCCUUGUGAUGAUGAUGCUGGUGAAGGGCCUUCUUCCCUGGUCAAGGAGAAGCUUGUCCCCAAGCAAAAAGAGGGUGAAGAGGGGAAGCUCAAUACAGAGUUCAAACAGGAGUUGCAUGGCCAGACUGCUCCUUCUAAGGCACCUUCAAAGCGUCCACUGCUGGGACUGGUUCUGACCCCCACCCGGGAGCUGGCCGUUCAGGUCAAACAGCAUAUUGAUGCUGUGGCCAGGUUUACAGGCAUCAAAACUGCCAUUUUGGUUGGUGGAAUGUCCACACAGAAACAGCAUAGGAUGCUGAACCGCCACCCAGAGAUUGUCGUUGCCACCCCAGGCCGGCUGUGGGAACUAGUUAAGGAAAAGCAUUCUCAUUUGAGCGAUCUUCGGCAGCUCAGGUGCCUGGUAGUGGACGAAGCUGACCGGAUGGUUGAGAAAGGACACUUUGCUGAGCUCUCCCAGCUGUUAGAGAUGCUGAAUGGCUCCCAGUACAACCCCCAGCGGCAGACGCUUGUGUUCUCUGCCACCCUGACGCUGGUGCACCAGGCUCCUGCUCGAAUCCUUCAUAAGAAGCACAUCCAAAAGAUGGACAGAACUGCCAAGCUCGACCUUCUCAUGCAGAAGAUUGGCAUGAGGGGCAAGCCCAAAGUUAUUGACCUCACAAGGAAUGAGGGUACCGUGGAGACACUGACCGAGACGAAGAUCCACUGUGAGGCAGACGAGAAGGACUCGUACCUGUACUACUUCCUGAUGCAGCACCCAGGCCGCAGCCUGGUGUUCGCCAACAGCAUCGCCUGCAUCAAGCGCCUCUCCGGGCUCCUCAAAGUCCUGGAUAUCAUGCCCCUGACCCUGCAUGCCUGCAUGCAUCAGAAGCAGAGGCUCAGGAACCUGGAGCAGUUUGCCCGGCUGGAAGACUGUGUUCUCUUGGCUACAGAUGUGGCAGCUCGGGGGUUGGACAUUCCUAAAGUCCAGCAUGUCAUCCAUUACCAGGUCCCUCGCACCUCAGAGAUUUACAUCCACCGCAGUGGUCGGACAGCUCGCGCCACCAGCCAAGGCCUCAGCCUUAUGCUCAUUGGGCCUGAGGAUGUGAUCAACUUUAAGAAGAUUUACAAAACUCUCAAGAAAGAUGAGGACAUCCCACUCUUCCCUGUGCAGACGAAGUGCAUGGCCGUGGUCAAGGAGCGCAUCCGACUAGCUCGGCAGAUUGAGAAAGCAGAGUAUCGGAACUUCCAGGCUUGUCUGCACAACUCGUGGAUUGAGCAGGCAGCGGCUGCCCUCGAGAUUGAACUGGAAGAGGAGAUGUACAAAGGAGGGAAAGCUGAUCAACAAGAAGAGCGUCGGAGACAAAAGCAGAUGAAGGUCUUGAAGAAGGAGCUGCGCCAGCUGCUCUCUCAGCCAUUAUUCCAGGAAAACCUGAAGACCAAGUAUCCUACUCAGUCGGGCAGGCUGCCCCUGCCUGUGGUGGCCCCAAGGAAUGGUGAGUCUGCUUUGAACUGCCUCUCCAAACGAAAGAAGAAGAAACCAAAAGAACAGCAGAAAGUGCCACAACCAAGCACAAGUGCAAGUUAACUGCCCUGGUCAGUUUUGUGACUACUCAGUGGUGUCUGUCCUUGUUGUCUGUGAAAACUGCAUCCUGGCCUUCACUGUCCACCCUGGUUAGGAAAACCUCCCCGCUCUUCCACCCCACAGCUGGGGCGACCUCAUGCAGACUUGUGUUAUUGUGGAGUAAGAAUUCCAUCCAGCAGCUGAGCCUCUCUUCUAUUCCAGUGUGUACAGGCCUCUUGUAUUCACCUUGGUUUCCUGAAUUAAAAACAGGUGAGAGCCAGAA